UGAAGACUUCUGCGGCAACUGCCUGCGUACUCAGUACUCUUAAGACUACUCACCCGCCCUCCUUCAAGAGUUGCGCAAAUAUUCAGCCUCGCCAGGAACAAAUGGGCCAGGAACUGAUAUUUCGAACCAUUGACGAAUCGCUUCGCCCGAGAGGUCCCUAACGCAACGCAACCCCCAUCGCGCCAUUGCCUUCACCGCCUCUAGCCCACGAGCCAACGGAACCCUCGAUCAAUUUUCGAUCGCUAGUUGACGUGGUAAAGCUUGCGUCCAACCGUCGCUCCCAUUCGAGCAUCCAUCGGACCCCCACCACACCUUGAACAGUGGGUGCACAGUGCCGAAUUUGGCCUGUCACUCUGAGCAACCCCGCCGGCGGUUCUGCCACGAUCGAUAAUCGCCAGAAUACACACAAAAUAAACCCUCCUCGCUGACCCCGGCUGCCGGGCGUCACAUCACGAGUGCGCCGCAACAAUGUGGUGGCUUAUCAACGCUUGCUCGAGCGCUAUCUUCCUGCUCAGCAUCGUCCUUUCGAUACCCAUCGCCUUCGAUGUUGGGGGCCGCGAUGCCGGGCUGGCCUACUCGCUCUCACUCUUCCUCUUCUACCUCUUCUACAGCAUCAGCAAACUGCUGACGCCGGAGAAGUCGCGGAUACGCUGGUUCUUCAAGAGCCUGGUGGGCCUGUCGCAGUGGAUCGUCAUCCCUACGCUGCUGAUCUGGUCGCUCAACCGGUUCUCGGUCGAUGCGGGGAGCACUGGUUGGGUAUCACGGACCUUUUCCCACAUCACAUCGACGCACCACAAGACAUGGAAGCAGUGGUUCUUCGGCCAGGAAGGGUUCGUCGAGACGGUGGCCCUGGGCGCUUGGGACAAGACGCUGAGCUAUUCGAGCCCCGUCUUCCAGCUGCUGGAGGGCUUCUGCAGCUUGUUGGUUAUCCAGGCCGCUGGCCAGAUUACGAGGUGGCUCGUCAACCGCGGCAGGAGUGACACAUGGGUGAUCGUUCUCCUUGUCUUCUCCAGUUCCAUAUUCUCCAGUGCCGCAUAUUUCCUGUGGCGCGUUAUUUCGUUCCCCCAGGUCAGCAAUCUCGAUGCCACUUUGAUUGGCGUUGCCAUGACCUCUGCCGCUUUUCUGUGCGCCUUUGGUAUUGCCAGCGGCCGCGGCAAUCCCGUCGAGUCCUCCCUCCUCUUCGCCUACGCCGUGCUCUGCGUCUACCAAAUUUUCACCGAUUACCAGCCGUCACCUGAGGCCGCGGCCGCCGCAGAACAAGCGGCGGCAGCGCAGCCCGACUUCCCGCCGCUACCCCCUAUCAUCAUGGCCUCAUACUCGACUUUGAUGCACAUGCUGAGCAACCUCCCCUCAGCUGUGAACUCAUCCUUCCAAUUCCUCUAUGCCGCCUUUCAAACCAUCACUCCCAGCGUCAUAAUCUCACUAACAUACCGUAUCAUUGUUUUCUACUGCGCCACGAGGAUCAUCCCAGCCGUUAGGGAAUUGGGGGCCACGGCGAUCAUGGAGGAGCCCACUCUGGAGGACACGGAAGGUGCGAACCGCCUGAUCGGAUUCCUCAGCUGGUUCUCGCCGUCCAUGCUCAUCGCCGUCUACACGAGCCUGCUCCUGCAGCAUUUCAGCGUCUCCAGCGGUGACGAUGCCGGAUGGACAUUACGGGCUGGGGACGCCGGCGGCAGCACAUGGCGGUGGGUCAACAUUGCGGCUACGAUGGGGUUGUAUGCUGUGGAGUUGUACCUCGGAGGGGACGGGGACGGUGGCGCCCACUGGAAGACGGACUAAGAAGGAUAACCCCCAAACAUGACAUGAUCAUGGAAUCGGCACGUGUCAUCCUGCACCCAAGGCUCAGGGACACUGCGAUUGAAGUGAAUACAGCGCCAGAAGGGCCGGAAU